ACAGGAUAGCCUGGCAUGCAGUGGUCCACUGGGUCGCAGAGAGUUGGGCGUGACUUUUUUAAGUUGAUUGAUUAAUAAAGUAGAGGUAAUAAUAAAUUACAUAUAAAUCUAAUGACAAAUCCUUCAAUAUAGGUGCCUUUUACAAUUUAAUACACAAUAAACUCUAUCACUGUUUGAAAUAGGGCAUCCCUGGUAUUUUAUGUUGAUCCCUGUUGGAUAAGCCAUCAGAAGUGAAACAACUUCUAAAAUGUCAUUUAUUUUCAAUCCCACCUGUUAGAACUGGCCCACACAUGUCACUUAAGCAGUUGAAGCUGUAGGUAAUCCAUUUCCAAGUUUACAGUCCCAGAUUUAGUGCUCUUCACUAAGGAGUGUUUUCAUAGUAUCAGACCUUUUUUGUUUCCUUAGGAAGAAACACCAACGCUAUGGCGGUCUCUGUUGUUGUUUCAAAGUCCAGUGAACAAAGAAACUUACUUAUGUGUGUUGUGUUAGUUUGCUUUCUUCCUGAGCAAUUCUGCCUUGUGUUACAGGAUAUUGCUGAAUCUCUUCAAUCAGAAGCUUUGCUGCAAAUAGAGAAUUUUUGUCAAGGCUUGAAUUAAGAGGAAAAAGGAGAAGUAUUUGAAGGAUUACAAAGAAAUUUCAAUGAUUGCUGAAUAAAUGCUAAACAAAUACAACUGACUGUAACUGUAGCAUCUGCUUCGUGUGACAAAAUGGAGGCUUUUGUUUGCAUCAAGGUGAUGCCUGUACUGGGACUGAAGUUCUUUGGAAGUGUUGGGUUGUAACAAUAAACAGCAAACCAUUUUUAAUGGUGUUUUGCAAAGUAUCUUUGUAGGAGCUUCUGCUGUGUGGUCAUCAGGAGGUACCUUGGAAAUACAAGGAGCUUAGGAGGCAGUCAUGGAAAAAAUGGCUAGAGUGACCACAGCCCUUGGCGGCAAUACCAUAACGGGACGGACCAUGUUCUGCCACCUGGAUGCCCCUGCCAAUGCCAUUAGUGUGUGCCGUGAUGCUGCCCAGGUGGUGGUAGCUGGGCGCAACAUCUUUAAGAUCUACUCCAUAGAAGAAGACCAAUUUGUGGAGAAACUGAACUUGCGUGUAGGUCGCAAGCCGUCUCUGAACUUCAGCUGUGCUGAUGUGGUAUGGCACCAGAUGGAUGAGAAUUUGCUGGCCACUGCAGCCACUAAUGGUGUUGUUGUGACCUGGAACCUUGGCAAGCCAUCCCGUAAUAAGCAGGACCAGCUUUUCACUGAGCACAAGCGAACAGUUAAUAAGGUGUGCUUCCAUCCCACAGAGGUUUAUAUGCUGCUCAGUGGCUCCCAGGAUGGCUACAUGAAAUGCUUUGACUUGCGCAAGAAAGAUUCUGUUAGCACAUUCUCAGGUCAGUCAGAAAGUGUGCGUGAUGUCCAGUUUAGCAUACGUGAUUACUUUACCUUUGCUGCAACCUUUGAGAAUGGCAACGUUCAGCUGUGGGACAUCCGCCGGCCUGACCGCUAUGAGAGGAUGUUCACAGCCCACAACGGGCCUGUAUUCUGUUGUGAUUGGCAUCCAGAAGACAGGGGCUGGUUGGCAACAGGAGGUCGAGACAAGAUGGUGAAGGUUUGGGACAUGAACACCAACAGGGCCAAAGAGAUCUACUGUGUGCAGACAAUAGCCUCUGUGGCGAGGGUCAAGUGGCGACCAGAAUGCAGGCACCACAUCGCCACGUGCUCCAUGAUGGUGGACCACAACAUUUACGUGUGGGACAUACGGCGCCCUUUCAUUCCCUCUGCCAUGUUCGAAGAGCACAAGGAUGUCACCACGGGGAUUGUGUGGCGUCAUCUCCAUGACCCUUACUUCCUCCUGUCCGGCUCCAAGGACAGCACUCUUUACCAGCACAUCUUCAAAGAUGCCAGCCAGCCCAUUGACCGGGCCAACCCUGAGGGCCUUUGCUACAGCCUCUUUGGGGACCUGGCUUUUGCAGCCAAGGAGAGCCUCAUCUCAUCCGAUUCGAACCGCAAGCCCUACAUCGGAGACCGGCGCCACCCUAUCUUCUUCAAGCGCAAGCUCGAUCCCACAGAGCAGUUUGAGUUCAUCUCCUCCUCCAGUGCCCUGAGUGUCUUUGAAGCAGACACGGAAUGCGAUGCUGGCAGCAUGGACUGGUUUGUGCGAACCGCCAAGCAGUAUGUGCUGGCGGGGAGGCCUCUGGCUGAGCUGUGUGACCAUAAUGCCAAAGUAGCCAAAGAGCUGAAACGCAACCAGGUUGCUCAGACAUGGACGAUGCUCCGGAUCAUUUACUCCAGUCCUAGCACUGUGCCCACUACAAACUUAAAUCACAGCUUAGGGAAGAGUAGCUCCAGCCUUCCGCUCAUGAAUAGCUUCAACCUGAAAGAUAUUCCUUCUGGGAUGGGCAGUGAGUCAAGGCUGGAGCGGAGCAAGGGAGAGAACCGGCCCGAAAACAUCCUCAUGGAUUCUUCCUCCACCCUGAUCAAUAAUGAUGAGAAUGAGGAGACUGAAGGCAGUGACGUCCCUGCUGAUUAUCUCCUUGGGGAUGUGGAAGGGGAUGAAGAUGACCUGUACAUGCUGGACCAUGAAAACCCCCACACUGAGGAGCAGGAGUACAUCCUUCCCCAGGAGGCCUUCCCUCUGCGUCAUGAGAUUGUGGACAACCCUUCUGCUUUGGACCACUUGCAGGACAAAGCGGACUCGCCCCACGUCAGCGGCAACGAGGCAGAAACGGUUUCCCUGACACCUGUGGAGUCUUUCUCGCUAAUCUCCAUCUCUCAUUCUCUGUAUGAGAACCGGCUGCCUGCUGACUUCUUCAGUCCCAUCGUCCGUGACAUGCUGCUUUUCUACGCCGAGCAGGGGGAUGUGCAGAUGGCAGUGUCUGUGCUCAUCGUGCUGGGAGAUCGUGUCCGGAAGGAGAUUGAUGACCAGGCACAGGAACACUGGUACAUGUCCUACAUUGACUUGCUGCAGCGCUUCCAGCUGUGGAACAUCUCGAAUGAGGUGAUCAAACUGAGCACAUGCAGAGCCAUCAACUGCCUCAACCAGGCCUCCACGACGCUGCACAUCAACUGCAGCAAUUGCAAAAGGCCCAUGAGCAACAAGGGCUGGAUUUGUGACAGGUGUCGGCAGUGUGCCAGCAUGUGCGCCGUGUGCCAUCAUGUGGUGAAGGGCCUGUUCGUGUGGUGCCAGGGCUGCAGUCAUGGUGGCCACCUGCAGCACAUCAUGAAAUGGCUGGAGACCAGCUCUCACUGCCCUGCAGGAUGCGGCCACCUCUGUGAAUACACCUGAACCGAAAGGAACGGUGUCCGUGAGAGAACAAAAGGUGGUCUGGUGACUGCUUAGAACUGACACGGAGAACUCCUGCUUGUGCGAGGCAUUAAGGCCACCGGUGUUCGUGUCCCGGGCAGCUGCGUGAGAAAGCACCGUGCGAAGGGACCUUCUUUACUUCAGGACAAGUGGCGAAACUUCUAAUGCUCAGGGAUCCUUCUGGAAAGCUUCACCUAGUCACUUCUAUUUAUUGUUUUACAGCUACAUAAACGGGAUUUUUUUGUUACUAUGAUUCUAUUCAAACCUGCUUAAUAAGUCAAGAUGGCCACAGCAAGAUCCAACCCAAUUUUUUUAUAUUGAAUUAAAAGAGCGGAGCAAACUUGA